AUGGAUACAUCACCUGUUUUUCAGUCAAGUUUCUCGAUCAGAUCGUUACUCUCGAAGGACAAACGUGAGAAGGGACAUGAGUAUUAUCUCAGCUCGAGUCCGAGUGAUUCGUGCAACAGCUCCGAGGAUGCCUCCUCCGAUGAUGGCACUACAAAUACCACGAAUCCAUCAACUUCUGGCAACAACAACAAUAACAAUGACAAGUCGGAUGCCAAGCCAGCUUUUACGUACAGUGCUCUAAUUGUGAUGGCCAUUAGGAGAAGUCCAGAGAAGCGUCUAACGUUGAGUGGCAUCUGCAAAUGGAUAGCUGAUAAUUUUGCUUAUUAUCAGAAUCACAAAAGUGUUUGGCAAAAUUCCAUACGUCACAAUCUUAGUUUGAAUCCGUGUUUUGUGCGUGUUCCACGUGCUUUGGAUGAUCCAGGACGUGGCCACUAUUGGGCAUUGGAUCCGUAUGCGGAGGAUUUAACAAUUGGCGAGACAACGGGACGCUUGAGACGCAGCAGCAACAACCACAGCAACACACUUAUCGGACGCUCAAAGGCAGCGGCAGCUUUGCAGGGACAUGUCAAAGUUAAAUCAAUCAAUACUCCGCACUAUCACAUCAUCAUCAUCAUCAUCAUCAUCACAGUCAUCAUGAGCAUCAUUGAGACGUCUUUGGCUUUAAAUGCGCCGCUGACAUUGUCACGAAGUGCUCAAAGUCACAAUUAG